AUGGCCCCUGUUCUGAACGUUGGUAUUAUUGGUACUGGUAUCUUUGCCAGAGACAGACACCUUCCAUCUUAUGAGGAGAUGUCUUCAGACUUCAAGGUGGUUGCAGCUUUCAACAGAACGAAGAGUAAGGCAUUGGAUUUCGGUAAGAGAGCGGGACUUCCAGAGGAAAAGAUCUACGACGAUAUUGAUGGGAUCCUAGCUGACAAGGAUGUGUCGUAUGUGGAUGCGCUUGUGCCAGCACAGUUCAACGUGCUCACGGCAGAGAAGGCUAUCGCUGCAGGAAAGCCAAUUUUGCUAGAGAAGCCAAUUGCUGCCACUAUGCAGCAGGCCCGUGAGUUGGUUAAGCUCUCCGACUCCACCGACUUGCCUAUCGGAAUUGCAGAAAAUUGGCUUUACCUGGGAGCUAUCGAUGUUGUCCAAAAACACCUGCCCGAAAUUGGAGCUGUGAUUGCAUUUACUCACAACUCAACAGGACCUUUCUUAACCAAGAAUAAGUAUUUGUCGACCAGUUGGAGACAAAACCCAGAACAUAUUGGAGGUUUUCUAUCCGACGGAGGUGUCCAUCAACUUGCCCUUGUCACACAUCUAUUGGGAGAGUUCGAUACCGUCUCUGCAUUGACGAAACAAGUCCGCAAAGAAUCUGGAACUGAUGAUAUAGUCUUUUCAACUGUAAAAUUGGUGGAUAGCGAUGUUAUUGGUACCUUUACCUAUGGCUCUUCAUUCGGGGCCACGGAGAAGUCUGUCUUUUUGAAGAUUUACGGUACGAAAGGCUCUAUUGAAGCUCAAUUAUCUGACAAGAGGAACCCCGUUGUGAAGGUGCAACUCGGUGAUUCUGCUGAAACAUCUGAAAAAGAGGUGAUCUACCCUAUCAAGGAGGAUGGUUCCUUCGGUGUCAAUGCCGAAUUCAAGAGCUUCCACGAAGCAGUUGUAAAGGGUGACAAGAGCCUUUACAAGGGAACACCAAGAGUUGCUUUCCAUCAUCUCGCUUGCGUUGCAGCUUUCCUCGAAUCUUCUGCUAAAAACGGAGAUCAUGUUAAAGUGGAAAGAGUUUAG